AUGUACCAACGAACCGCAGUCAAUCCACCACAGUAUUUGCCGCUGCCAAGCCUGCGAACAUCGCCUGUCUUUCAUAUACCACAGUAUCCGCCGCAGGUUGCAAGUCCGCACCAUAUCUCACAUUAUCCGCAACACAGUUCGCCUAUUGCUUCAAACAGUCCAUCGUCGGCCUCUCUGGACUCAGGUACCUCGCCACAGGAACGUCCGCCUGCCAUUACCGAGAAGUUCAAUCGUCUGCCAUCCUUUGCUACACCAUCACCGAAUCUGAGAUAUGAGCUCAACAUGCGGCAACAGCCUGUAGCUGCCAGAGCAUGCGGUUUUGGAGAACGUGACCGACGUGUCGUUGAUCCUCCACCUAUCCUCGAACUCAAAAUCAUCGAUGCCGAGACAGGGAAAGUCGACAGCGAGAACACUCCUUAUGUAUACACGACACUGCAUUGUACCCUAAUCAACUCCAUGACAUACAAAGACGAAUCACAGAUCGAGCCAGCACAUCCAAACGCUCAAGCCACACAGCGUCUCAUGGGAACCGCAGUGGCAUCGCCAUUUUCAGGCACAGAUGAAACAGGAAAGAGAGGGACCUUCUUCGUCUUUCCUGAUUUAUCUUGCCGUAACCCCGGAAAAUAUCGAUUCCAGUUUCGAUUGUUGAUAGUCGAUCCACUGAACCUUUCUGUCGGAACAACCUCGCGUAUACAGAGUUCAAUCAUCUCGGAACCAUUUGAGGUAUUUACUGCAAAAGAGUUUCCUGGAAUGCGAGCCAGCAGUGCCUUGCUCAAAGCUCUGAGGAAACAGGGUCUGAACGUGGCUGUCAAGAAAGGCCGUGAAGCCACGAAGAAGGCGACCAGGAGACCCGGCCAUGUUGACGAAGACGACAGCAGUGGUGAAGACGGAGAAAAUGUCCCUGAUGAGGAUGACCAGGAUAGCGACGACGCGCGCUCUCAAGUAGCCACGGGUAGCAAGGAUCGAAGAAAAGAAAGAGAAGAGAGUGAAUGA